AUCCAUAUCCAUAUCCACAUCCAUAUCCACAUCCAUAUCCACAUCCGCAUCCACAUCUGUCAUGCCCAACCUGUUCCUUGGCCGGGGCACUCCGUCCAUGUGGCUCUCCACCGUGGUCUUCGCCAAGAUCUACAACAACCCCGGCUUGCUCUUCUUCUUCAAGCUCUACAAGUACCUCGUCCGGCUCUUCACCAACACCACGGAGCUCUACCGCAUUUGCCACCACAUCGCCGUCUACGAGAGUCACACCGAGUACAGGAUUUCGCUCGAGUCUACGCCGGCGCCAGAGGGCUCGGAGCAGGUGCCGCUCCUGCCGAGCCCGUCGGAGAGCACCUUCACAAUCAAGCCAUCGCUCCACUCGAUCCACCGAGUCGAUAUGUCGCUGCUGUAUUCAAAGGAGCUUGUGAUCGAGCGCCGAGAGAUCGAGUCCCACUCGGGCAAUCUCGAGCGGGCUUUGGAGCGCAUCCUUGUCAAGAAACGAUUCCCUCAAAACGGCGAUCCUUCGACUCCAGAGGCCAUUUCCCUCCAGAAGUGUAUGACGAUCAUCUCCUCGGCUCACCGCCUCACCCACGAAUUGAAUGCCCGUGCUGCCACCCGUUACGAUCCGGAAAACAAGGCUCAUGAACGGAAGCUCCUGGAGCUGUGGGAUCUCCUGAUGCCAGAGGAGCCUCUUGAGGACCGGGUCUCGAAGCAGUGGCAGAAGAUUGGGUUCCAAGGCACUGAUCCGGCCACCGAUUUCCGGGGAAUGGGAAUGCUGGCUCUGGACGACCUGCACUACUACGCAAAAUACCAUCCCGCUUCGAUUGCCCGGGUCCUCCAAAGCUCACACCACGAUGUCGCUUGGUUUUCCAUGGCGAUUGUCGGAAUCAAUAUGACCGGCUUUGCCCUCAAGAUGUUGCGCACCCGGCAGCUCCAGUGCUUCCUCUAUGAAUAUGGCACCACCAAGGAGGCUUACCACGAAUUCUACUGCUAUCUGAUGGAUCACUUUGAGCGUCACUGGACGGGUCAUCCCACGCCCAUCACGGUCAUGGACUUUUCACGGGUCUUUGACGAGUUCCAGAAGCGCAUCCAGAGGCUGCUGCUGGAGGGCGAGGUGCUUGUGCUCAACACCGAGUCGGCCGUGUUUGCUGGCAACAAGAAGACCGACUGAUGCUGCUGGCAAUGUCUUCGAGGGAUCGUUGGACCUCGGCCCAUCCCAAGCCCAUUCUCGGCUGUCCCCGGCUGCUUGUAUGGCUGGAUAUUUGGCCGGCGCAUCGGUCACCAAUGUUGGGCUGCUGUCUCUUUUGGAGGACUCCCUUAAUCAAAUACAGAGGCG